CUCCCAGGAACUUCAUUUCCCGUCAGGCCAUGCGGUGGUGGUGACGUAGUGACGUACGCUACGUGCGCCGUGUUGCGGCCGCUCACACACAGGCACAGCACAGGAGGCGCAGAGAGAAGAUGGCGGAGCGGGGUUAUAGUUUCUCUCUGACCACUUUCAGUCCAUCAGGUAAACUUGUACAGAUUGAAUAUGCUUUAGCUGCUGUUGCUGCUGGUGCUCCGUCUGUUGGAAUCAAAGCUGCAAAUGGUGUCGUUUUGGCAACUGAGAAAAAACAGAAAUCGAUCCUGUAUGAUGAACAAAGUGUACACAAAGUGGAACCAAUUACCAAACACAUAGGCAUGGUGUACAGCGGCAUGGGCCCAGAUUACAGAGUACUUGUUCGGCGGGCUCGAAAACUAGCCCAGCAGUAUUUCCUUGUAUAUCAGGAGCCCAUCCCAACAGCACAGCUAGUACAACGAGUGGCGUCUGUCAUGCAGGAAUAUACACAGUCUGGUGGUGUACGGCCAUUUGGAGUCUCGUUAUUAAUUGCAGGCUGGGAUGAAGAGCGACCAUAUUUAUUCCAAUCUGAUCCUUCUGGUGCGUAUUUUGCAUGGAAAGCUACAGCAAUGGGGAAGAAUUAUGUAAAUGGCAAGACUUUUCUUGAAAAAAGAUAUAAUGAAGAUCUUGAACUUGAAGAUGCCAUCCACACAGCAAUUUUAACAUUGAAGGAAAGCUUUGAGGGUCAAAUGACCGAAGACAACAUUGAAGUUGGUAUUUGUAACGAAGCUGGAUUUAAGCGACUCACUCCUGCUGAAGUUAAGGAUUACUUGGCUGCUAUAGCAUAAAUGGCUUCCAGUUAGGGAGGUCGAUUGAUGUAGUUAUUUUUUUUUUUCUGCUACUAAAGGAUUCAAAAUGGUUUUGUUUUGCAGAUUUUUUUGCAUACUUUCUUAUUUCUACCUGUCCGACAGAUCUUUUUAAAAAUGACAUGGUAUAAUCAUAAUAAACAAUAUCAAUUAGAAUAAA